GCGCUGGAAAAAAAAACAGGAAAUGUCUCUUUUGAUUUCUCUCGGCUAAUGGACCCUUCCGCCUCCCUCCCUGCCUAAAUAGUUUGACCUCUUUAGAGAGAAAAAGAGGGCCUGAAGGACAGGUUGGCAGAAGCUGGAGCUAACAGCUGGCGCUCACUCCGCUCCCGGGAUUUGAACCUGGGACCUUUCGGUCUGCAAGUUCAGCAGCUCAGUGCUUUAACACACUUCGCCACCGGGGCUCCUUGUAACUAUGGUGAAUAUCCUCCAGCUUGUGCGAGAUCACUGGGGCCUGACAUUGGUUCCAAUUGGAUUUGUGGUGGGAUGUUACUUUGACAGGAGGAAUGAUGAGAAACUGAGCCUCUUCAGAAACAAAAGCAAAUUAUAUCACAGGGAAUUGAAACCUGGAGAAGAAGUCACAUGGAGAUAAUUUUUCAAACGAGAAAUCGUUCCAUACUAUUACAUUCACGUGUUGAAGAAAUGUAUGAACGAUUGUGUCAUCAAGUGAAACAAAAAUUGUUAGUCCCAGGCCAUCUAUUAAAUUCAUGACUUUAGCAGGAGCUUAAUAAGUUACUUUUAAGAAGAAACACACAAUGUUUACUCCAAUUAUGAAUGGCUUCAGUAUGUCAUUACAUUCAUUUUUCUUUAUCCUAAAAUUAUAAAGUUUGUAUUUCUGGAAUUUCUUCUCUGGGGUCAUCCACAUGAAAUCUUCUUUUUCCAUGUUUAAAUAAAAAUAAGUUGACAACCAUUCUAAAAAGUA